ACGAAGGGGCGCAGCCCGAGACCCCUCGGGUAUCUCCAUCCCCACCCCAUCUCCACCAUGCUGGGGCCGGGCCUCCAGUGGGCCAGGCCUGACCCUACAACUUUCGAGGACUCACCAGCAGGUGGAGCGAGUGGGCAGGGGAGGGGUUUGUACUGGGCCCGGGAUGGGUGGGGUGUUGGCUGGAGAGUUUGUGAAAAGUUCUGGGCCGAGCAAGAGGAAGUGGGGACGGAGGAGUUGGGCUGUACCGGAGGCCGAGGACCUCGGGGGUCACAAGCGAUUUCUGGGAAAACUCUGGUGGCUGGAAAGGAGCUGGAAUGCCUGCAUGAACGGGGGAACCUGCUGGGAAGUUCACCCCUACCUGAGCGGGGAACUCAAGCUGUGUGUUCUGCUACACUUCCCGGGCCGGCGGUGUGGUGUCUCGGUGGCCAGGUCUGCGCCCUGGCCAUGCGGAUCCGGAUGGCAGUGAGAUGGACUUGGGCAGGCAAGAGCUGCCUGCUGCUGGCGCUUUUAACAGUAGCUUAUAUCCUGGUCGAGCUCUCUGUCUCUACUUUGCACGCUUUCCCAGGAGCCAGCCAGGCCGGGAACCUGGGGUCAGGACGGCUCUCAAACAUUGAGAAAAAGGGAGAGGAUUUGUCUCGACCUCUUUAUGAGAAGCCCCCUGCAGAUUCCCAUGCACUUGGGGAGUGGGGGAGAGCCAGCAAGCUCCAGCUCAGCGAGGGCGAACUGAAACAGCAAGAAGAGCUCAUUGAGAGAUAUGCCAUUAAUAUUUACCUCAGUGACAGGAUUUCCUUGCAUCGACACAUUGAGGAUAAAAGGAUGUAUGAGUGUAAAUCCCAGAAGUUCAACUACAGGAAACUUCCCACCACCUCCGUUAUCAUCGCUUUCUAUAAUGAAGCCUGGUCGACUUUGCUCCGUACCAUUCACAGUGUUUUAGAAACUUCCCCUGCAGUCCUUUUGAAGGAGAUCAUCUUGGUGGAUGACCUGAGUGACAGAGUGUAUUUGAAGACACAACUGGAAACCUACAUCAGUAAUCUGGAUAGAGUCCGAUUGAUUCGAACCAAUAAGCGAGAGGGGCUGGUGAGAGCCCGCCUGAUCGGGGCCACUUUUGCCACGGGGGAUGUUCUCACUUUCCUUGAUUGUCACUGCGAGUGUAAUUCCGGUUGGCUGGAACCACUUCUAGAAAGGAUUGGUAGAGAUGAAACUGCAAUUGUUUGUCCUGUUAUUGAUACUAUUGACUGGAAUACCUUUGAGUUCUAUAUGCAGACAGGAGAGCCCAUGAUUGGGGGGUUUGACUGGCGUUUGACAUUCCAGUGGCAUUCUGUCCCCAAACAUGAAAGGGACCGGCGGACAUCAAGAAUUGAUCCCAUCAGAUCGCCAACUAUGGCUGGAGGACUGUUUGCUGUCAGCAAGAAAUAUUUUGAGUACCUGGGAACAUACGAUACUGGAAUGGAAGUGUGGGGAGGUGAGAACCUAGAGCUGUCUUUUCGGGUGUGGCAGUGUGGUGGCACAUUGGAGAUCCACCCGUGCUCUCACGUGGGUCAUGUAUUCCCUAAGCGGGCACCAUAUGCUCGACCUAAUUUCCUGCAGAAUACUGCUCGGGCAGCGGAAGUGUGGAUGGAUAAGUAUAAAGAGCAUUUCUACAACCGAAAUCCUCCAGCCCGGAAAGAGGCUUAUGGGGAUAUUUCGGAAAGAAAAAUACUACGAGAACGACUGAGUUGCAGAAGUUUUGACUGGUAUUUGAAAAACGUGUUUCCUAACUUACAUGUACCAGAAGAUAGGCCUGGCUGGCAUGGGGCUAUUCGCAGUAUGGGCAUCUCUUCUGAAUGUUUAGAUUACAAUUCUCCUGAAAACAACCCCACAGGUGCCAACCUUUCAUUGUUCGGAUGUCACGGUCAAGGAGGCAAUCAAUUCUUUGAAUAUACGUCCAACCAAGAAAUAAGGUUUAAUUCUGUCACUGAGUUAUGUGCAGAGGUUCCUGAACAAAAAAACCAUGUAGGAAUGCAAAACUGUCCCAAAGAUGGACUUCCCAUCCCAGUAAAUAUUAUUUGGCAUUUUAAAACAGAUGGGACCAUUUUUCAUCCAUACUCGGGACAGUGUCUUAGUGCUUAUCGGACACCUGAGGGCCGACCUGGUGUGCAAAUGAGAACUUGUGAUGCCCUAGAUAAAAAUCAGAUCUGGAAUUUUGAGCAAUAGAAAAAAAAAAAACACAACAGAACUUUUUGUCAUGAGUUGACACCAGCCCCCGAAAGGGAGAGAGUCACAGUGAAGAUUGUGUUUAACCAGAAGUCACCCAGCAGUCAUCUGAGGGGACCAGAGAGUUGUGGGUCAUUCGGGAAUAUUACACUGAAACUGGGUGCGAGUGCUGCUGUUUAAUAUGUCCAUGCCUUACUGUUUAUUUUAUGUAAGAGCUUUGUUGAUAGGGUUUCUUACUUCUCUCUAAAGAAACUGUGAAUUGAGAGACACAGAAAACUUUUAAGUGUCACACAUAUGUUAAAGAAUGUAAAAGUCCAAGCAAAAUGAAAUAUGAUUUAUACUGGUGGUUGCAUUUGCUGCACAUCCCAUUUUUGAAAUCAAAACUUGUAAAUAUGCGUUUGAAGUUAUUACUAUUUUGAUUACAUAGGAUCUGGUUCACUUUUAAGGUAAUCCUUGAAUCAUACAGAAAUCAAAGAAAAGUUGAUCUUGAGAAAAGAGCCUGGUUUAGAUAUUUCUGUCAGUGGUUUGAAUGUGAGUUUGGAAGGCUUUUUAACACACAGACAUCCCAAGCAAUUAGAAGUCUGGAUGAAAUGGGAAGAUAGUUACAUUCCAUACUUUGUAAAUGAGCUAUUGGACUUAACUGAUCUAUAUAUCAAUACCUCUAAUUUUGCAUGCUCUCCCUUUGUGAACUUGUGAGUAGGGCAUUUUCUGAUUGCACUUCCUUUAUUUAUGAAUGUAUGGGAACGGAUUUAUUCCAAAUACUGUCCCUCCCUUUGUUAAUGCUUAAUCAUUUAAAGUAAACACAAUUGAGACCUCUCUGAAGUUAAACCCAACUAAGUUUACUGAAAUAUGUGAAACUGAAAGUGGACCCAGUUCUACAAGGACUGGAACUCUUUUACAAAUUCCUACUGACCUGGAAAUUUAAGAAUUUGUCUUAAGAUUGCAAGAAAAAAAGAAUGCAUUGGCAAUUGUCAGUGCUACCUUCUGUGUAUUUUUAGCACCCAGCAGCCUGGUGCUUAGGCAGCUUUUACUAAGUGGGUGAAUGAAUGACUUAGCUGAGGAAUAUGAUUUUCAUCCAGUCAUUUUAUUGUGCUUGCUCAUCAGAUUCCUCAUCUGUAGGUGAUUUAUGAAUG